AUGUUUGUCGCGCCGAUACGACUGAUCUCUGGUGAAGACCUAAACGUGAUUUGCGCCAAUACGAUCAAUCUCUGGAGAGUUAUGGCAGAUACUAAUAACACCAAUCCUUUGGAUGUUAAUGAUGGAAGUGAUGAUUCAGUUGAAGAAAUUGGGUCGGAAAGUGUAUCACAAGGUGUUGAGAGUACUUCUACAAAGCAAAGGAAAAAAAGGAAAAAAAAAACUUCAGAUGUUUGGAGAAGUUUUGAAAUGCUCCCACAAAAACCAAAUGAGCCCCUGUAUUGUAAGUGCAAAAAAUGUGGGACAAAAUAUCAGGCAGAAAGUAAAAAUGGAACAGGUUCAUCACAAUUGAAGAAGGUUGAGGAGGCACUUUUUUCACUUUUUGAUGAAUACAUGCAAGCUUCUCGAGAAAGUAGUGUUGGAAAUGUUGGAGGUGGUAGUGGUAGUGAUAGUGGCGACUUUAAUUCUCGACAAGCUAGUGUUGGAAAUGUUGGAGGAGGCUCUAAUCAUAGUAUGCUUGAGGAGUUUGAUGAAUACGAUAAUGAUGAUAUGGAUUCGACCAAAAAAAGUCAAUUGCAAGUAUAUCUUCUUGAGCCAAGAACUAAAAGAACUUCUUCCAUUAACAUACUUGAGUUUUGGCAAUCCCAACAGUAUAGGUAUCCAGAAUUAGCUAAAUUAGCUAUGAAUAUACUUUGUGUUCCCGUUUCAACAGUAGCAUCUGAAUCAACUUUUAGUCUCGGUGGAAGAGUUUUGAAUGAAUAUCAAAGUUCCAUGAAGCCUGACAUUGUUGAAGCUGUAAUUUGUAGUAGGGAUUGGUUGUUUGGAGAAAAAGUUGAUACUCAUGUUGAUAUCGAUAAACUAACUCAAAACGUCAUGGAUAUGAACAUUGCCGAAGACAAAACAGAGGUUACGAGUUCUAAUAAACUUUAA